AAGAGGUCGACAUGUUGUGUGGUGUCCGGUAGCAUGACGGAGCCGCUUAGUGACGCAUGGGCGGCGUGGAGCCAGGGAGGAGAAGGUUAUGAUGUUUCCAGGUUUGAGCUGUGAGGUUGGUGAGAUGGAGGAAGUAGGAAUCAGUGCCCGGCGGAGGGUUAUUAUCUAAUCAGCGAGCGGAGAGGAGGAGGAGAGGGUAGGAGAUGGGGGGAAGUGGGGGACACAGAUGAGUGCCGCUUCUAUACCGGAUGCGGAGAGAAUAUUAGCAACGGAUCAGCCUCCACCAUCACGAAGCAGGCCUCUAUCACCUCUACCCUCUGCUGCUGCUGCGGCUGCUGCUGCUGCUACUGCUGCUGUCUGUAUGCCCAAGCCACCACCAGCAACCAAGUCGCAGCGCAGAACCCCACAACCACCACACUCGCCACCAAGCCGCGGCCCAGGACACACACUCCCGAGUUCUUAGUCGACGUGAACACACUGCCACACGCGUCCACUACCCAUACUGCAUGUGAGCUAAGUGCAGACUCAAGAAACUAGUGAAAUAUACUUUUCAAAUGUACAUGCAUAGAGUGGACUCAAUGACUACUUGGAGCGCAGGAAUAUAUUUUAGAUAUUGCUACUGUGCUUACGGACGUUGACUGUCACUUGGAAAGGGACAGGUGUACCACACAAUGGCCAUAUUUAUGUAGCGUGACGUAAAAAAAGAGGAUACAUUGGGUAGCAUUAAGUAGCACGUUUUUUGUUUUGUUUACGAGAGCAAUAGAGACGAGAACGGGUGUUGUGGGCCAGUGUGGAGGCUGGCAGUGAGUGGCCCCUGUUCCCACCAGGCGAAUGAGGACAUCCUAUGGCAGGAGUUCACAGCCAGCCUCAACCGCUACCACCCUGAACCCCGUAUCCGACUCCUUCACCUUCCUCCUGCGGCCGCCAGGUUCUCUAAAGCCGAGGCAAGGAAGGAAACAAAGUGUUUCGGCCGGGAAAAUUUAAACCAGAAAUUCGAAUAAAAGUGGAUAUUUUUUUAUUUUAAGUUUGUGAAACACUGAAAUGUAUGUGUGAUUUGUUAUUAGAUAAUUAAAAAGCGUUUUGAGUGGUUUGCAUUCAAGUCUGAGAACCAGUUAAGGAGCUACCGAGCCAUGAGAGAGUCCGGGACCACAAUCACAGGUGGGGCUCGAAGGCGGAUAUGUAUAGGAUGUCUGGGAUUACUGGACUCCUUCUUGUCUAUCUUUGUGUUCGCUCCCCUUGUGGUGGGUUACUGGCGGGGUUGCUGGCAGCUUAUGGAUGAGUUCCUGCUGCCGGGACACAAGCAACUGUCGGUCGCUACUUCGUUCGCGAUGGGGGUGUUCUCUGGCAUGUUAUUUUGCCUUCUGCAACGUCCGCUAAAUACUUUCUGCAACCAUUCCCGACGGCCUAGCCUGCACCUCCUUGUGUCUCGGCUCUACACUUCGGUGUACUGCGUGUGCUGUGUCAACCACUGGCGGGGUGUCUGGGCUGCCUGGGAUCUCUACACCGGCAUUUCCUGGCAGUCUGGGGCGACAUCUAUGGGUAUAGGCCUCCUGACACUAGCCAUCACUCGAGGCCUUAAGAACAUCUUGGCUCCACCCUUUAUCGUCGUGACGGACCAUCCUACAGGAUACUUCAAUGUUCCAACUCUCUUCAGAGCAGAGAUUUUGUUGCGUUUUGCGUUACGAAUGACGACCCUCCGAGCAAAGACAUUCUGCUCAGACCCUCCGAGCAAAGACAUUUUGCACAGACCUUCUGAGCAAAGACCUUCUGCACAGACCAUCCGAGCAAAGACAUUCUGCUCAGACCCUCCGAGCAAAGACAUGUUGCACAGACCUUCUGAGCAAAGACCUUCUGCACAGACCAUCCGCGCAAAGACAUUCUGCUCAGACCCUCCGAGCAAAGACAUUUCACUAUCAUAA